AUGAUAAGAAAACAAGCUCCACUGCCCCACGGACAACUAAAAUCACAUGACACGACGAGGCCAACACUGAAACCCUUGCUCAGCUUCUUCUCUAUCGCCGGAAUCAACCUAGACAAUCAGACCGUAAACGACAUAUCCUAUUGCGCUAGGGCUUUGAGUUCACAGUCAAUCCGUCGCGCCUCUCACUGUCUCGUUGUGCCCGGAAUCGAGCUCCUGAUUCUGUUGGAUCCCAAGGCGGUGUGGGAAGAAGUUAACACGGUCAGGCCGGUGCCCGCAACAGAUGCUUGUAUUGAGGCGUUGGAGAAAUUGGUUCUUGGUGAUGGUGGUUCGGGUUCGGUGGACCAGUGCGCAGUUUGUUUUGAAGAUUUUUGCCAUGGGUCCGAAGUUGCCCGAAUGCCGUGCUCGCAUGUGUAUCACGGUGGCUGUAUCGUCGAGUGGCUGAAGACGAGUAAUUUGUGCCCACUAUGCCAACUAGCUGAAGGAUUUGAAUGCUUAAUUAGUGACAGAGCUGGGGGUGCAGCCAAGGAAGGUAACAUCUGGCGACCAUCUUUUUCUCUUAUUCCAAGUCUGACAUUAGCCAUUUCAUAA